AAGUACUGAUCAUAAGUGAGACCUUUGUUGAAUCAAUUCCUUUGAUUUGCAGCAAGUCUUCUGGUAACGUGCUUAAUCGUCAUCACCAUGCCAAGCGCUGAAUCGAGACAGGCCAACAAGAUAUCAGAAUUGAUAGCAUGGAAAGCGAAAUGUGCCAAGAAUGCAGCACAGAUUGUUAAUAAUCGACAGUUUGAACACAGGUUAGGGUCAGACAGGCAGAGCGUCUUGGACCUUGCACCGUAUCACAUUGAAGGAAUGCCAUUCGACCUCGCCAAUAAAACGAUUGCAGCAAUCGAAAGAGACCAGCUCAAUGAAGCUGUUGUUGACAUCAGCGGAGCCUUUGCCAAAACCUACGAAUUUCUGAAACACAUCAUCAAGGAGGAGACCGACUACAACCAUGAUCCAGAAAUGCAGAACGCGUUGUACUCAACGAUAGAACAGCAUAAGAUCAUCAGGGAAGUUCUCAAGGUCUACAUGGAUGAACACGACCUGAAGUUGGACAACAUUGACAACAUCGAGUUUGAUCACUAUGAUGAGAAAAGCAUGCGGGACAACCAAUCCUAUAUUAUCAUUAGAGACUACAUCCAACUCUGCUCAUCAGUUGAAGGCAGGUUUAACAUUGGAGAAUAAAUGGAACUUAUUUUUGGCGAUUGGGAUCAAGUAUCGCCAACAGUGCCACAUCAUGACUUGGUUGCCCAGUUGGCGACUAGUUUGAUUAGGAAAGGUACAUUUGCGUUCUUGAAAAAAAACGCAGUCUUGAAGGCGUAUGUAUAUCUGUAGCGCCACUUUCAAAGAUCUCAGCAACAAUUUAUAAUGAGUACCGGUGUGGAAAAAACAGUCAUUGAACAAUACGGUUGGUCUUAAAAUGAGUACAUCAGGUAAAAGAGUACAGCACAUAGGCUGGUUCCUGCUGUACCAACAUGUACCCGGUAUACGUGUGUAGCCGUUAUUCUGUGAAAUGAUAUAGUCGCAUAUCCAUGGCUCUUCCUUCACGUUUUCAUUCUUUAAUUAUAUUGUUAAAAUUAUACAAAUUUAUUUAAUCUGCCGGACAUGAUCUCUACCUCCAUUUUGAACAUUUUGUAAGUAACAGAGAAAUCUGCAGGACUGUAUUGUUUACUAUGUUCAUCCAGAUUUUCAGGGCUACACCUCUAAACAUUAGUACACACAACGUAAUAGGAAUCUCUCAGUAAGAUUUCACUCAUAGCAUCUUCAUAGUUACGUGGUUUUGCGUAUGUUUGAGACUAAUUUGAUAUUAAGCAGCGUAUUGACCUCAAUUUGAAGGGCAUUUUCCUUUCGCCAAAUGCGAUUUUAGGUAUACAAGUAUUUUAGCUUCAUGACGAAUGGUUUUUGCAUUUGCAUGCAAGUUGUACACGUAUUCACCUUGUCGGUUUUUAGCAUUGUUGCAUGCUUAUACGAUGUGCAUUUUAGCAGCGCUAGCAGUUACUGCUAACUUGAAGAAAACGUUGUCAACCAAACAUUGCAGGGACGUGCUGAAAUCAUUCGCAUCAUGUUGCAUGUAUACGCGCAUAUGUAUGCAUUCUAGUGGCAGCAUUAAGAGACGAAAGGUAUUCCCUCACUUAAGUUGAGUUAAAAAAUAUCUUUUACUGGAGAAAUAAUGACAAAUCUAGUUUUAAAGGGAAUCUCAAUCAAGUAUGGGCUAACUUUUGAAUUGGCCCUGCAUUGGAAAUGCCCCUUUAAUGCGAGAUGUGUGUGUCAUCAUCGUGUUUUCAUCAAAGUGAAGGAAACUGUUAUAUGUAUCUUCUAUUCGAAGAGCGUGCAUG